AGCCUACCCAAUAGCCGUGUCUGCGAACUACACUUCUGACUGGGUAUUUAGGAGUGGGGCGCGGUAUUUUCUAGGAACCUGUUAUGGAAUAAACGCUGUUGCCUUAUCUUGCCUAUGGUAGCAUCAUAUGUCAUGUCCGCCAGAUAUCUACUUAUAUUAAUGUACUUAAUAGCUUCUUAUGUCAAUUAACAUUGGACGUACUGUAUCAGAACAUGGACCGUUUAAUCGCAUUAUUAUGAGCGUGGGUGGUAUAAUAGUAUUAGCUCAUUGAUUCCCAUCCAGGUAUUGGCAGACAUUUUAAGACAAAAUAGUUAACAUGGAGUGGAAGCUAAAGAAGAUGCUGUCGCUUUUACUGGAGGUGAUUAUUUUGUGCUAUAUGGUUCACGGAACUGCAGUGGGGAAUAGAGAAUGCAGGGAGCAGGAGUACAGGGAUGAAGCAGGGGACUGUGUCGCCUGCAGACAGUGUGGAUCUGGGCAGGAGUUAUCCACGGAAUGUGGUUUUGGCUAUGGGGUGGGUGCUCGCUGUGCACCCUGCAGACCGGGGCGCUACAAAGAGGAAGCAGGAGGGCAGAAAUGCAAGCCAUGUCUAUCAUGUGCCCACACCAGCCGCUUCCAUAGAGCCAACUGCACCACCACAGGAAACGCUGUGUGUGGAGACUGUCUGCCCGGGUUCUAUAGGAAAACCAAGCUGAGUGGGUUUCAGGACAUGGACUGUGUACCCUGUGGAGACCCUCCUCAUGCCUAUGAGCCUCUCUGCAGUAGCAGGGUGAACCUGGUGCCCCUUUCGUCUGUUGUGGCAAGCUCCAGGGACACUGUCCUGGCUGUAGUCAUCUGCAUCGCUCUGACUUCUGUCCUACUGGCCCUAAUGCUUUUCUGUGUCAUCUACUGCAAAAGACAGCUGGAGAAGAAACCUCAUGAGCCAUGCCAGGGUGGUAGCUGCCAUGAUGCAAAGUUCCCCAGCUUUGAGAAUAUUCAGGUCCAUCAGCUACAUCAAAUCACCUCAAACUGCUACCAUGGCACAGGCAUAACUUGUGGUCAAGUGAAGCUUUUCCCUUAUCAGUUCUCUGAGGAACCUUGCAGCAUGGAGAACAGCAAUGGUAUGGCCACAUAUCCUGCCUGGGACUCAGAGAAGACCACUAGAGAACACAAUGCCCAGUGAGCUGAACCAUGACCUCUACCAAACUGAUGUGGAAGUGUCUGAUGAGAAGACGUGGACCCAUGCUGUAUUAAACUAAAGAUAUGGGAUUCACUAAACUGUACUGAGUAGGCUUAAAAGCAGAGACCAUUUCUUCAUGAGGAUAACCUUUGAUAUGUUGACUGUCAUCAUAACAGACUUGUGGUUAUGUGAAAGACAAUGCAACUGCUGACAGAAAUGUGACUUUCUGGUUUCAAAGCCAUUCAAACUUGUAUUUUCUGCUUCUGUUAUUGCCAUUACCAAAUAUGUGUGGGCCAAUGUCUGAUAUAGUGCAAGUUUAAAUUUAACUAAUUCUCUUGGAUUUAAAAAAUGUUAAUAUGUACAAUGUAUACAUUUAAAAAGCUUGUAAUUUACAGUCUCAUCAAAUUAUUGGCACCCUUGAUAAAGAUGAGCAAAAAAUUCUGAACUAUUGUAUUUUAUAGUAGUUCAAUUGCUUAGAAAAAAAUGGUUUAACAAAUAAAACAUCUCAAAAUGA